CGCUCAGUAUAUGUUAGUCCGGUCGCGAACGUCGCACGCGCAAAGAUGACUUUGCGCCUUUUUAUCGUACUGGCAGCUUUAAGUGCCGUCCAAUGCAAGACUUCAUACAAAAUAUGCGUGCCUCAACAGCAUUUGAAAGCUUGCCAGGAAAUGCUGGAUGUGGAGACAAAGAGCAAAGCGGUGUUAGAAUGUGUACCGGCUAGAGACAGAAUGGAAUGCUUGUACUACGUACAGCAGCGGCAAGCUGAUCUGGUGCCAGUGGACCCUGAAGACAUGUACGUGGCUUCCAAAUUCCCCAACCAAGACUUCGUCGUGUUCCAAGAGUACAGGACUGAUGAUGAACCUGAUGCGGAAUUCCGUUACGAAGCCGUGAUAGUGGUACAUAAAGAUCAACCAAUUACCAACCUGGACCAACUCAAAGGGCUGAAGUCCUGUCAUACCGGGGUGAAUAGAAACGUCGGGUACAAGAUCCCGCUAACUAUGAUGAUGAAACGAGCAGUAUUCCCCAAAAUGAACGAUCACAGCAUAUCUCCAAAGGAGAACGAACUGAAAGCCCUGUCUACAUUCUUCGAGAAAUCCUGCAUCGUCGGCAAGUGGUCCCCGGAUCCUAAGACGAAUGCUGCCUGGAAGGCACAAUAUAGUCAGCUGUGUGCAUUGUGUGAGGACCCUCAAAAGUGUGACUACCCUGACAACUACAGCGGGUAUGAAGGCGCAUUGAGGUGUUUGGCUCAUAACGGUGGAGAGGUUGCCUUUACCAAAGUCAUUUACGUGAGGAAAUUCUUUGGGCUCCCAGUAGGGACGAUACCGGCCAGCCAGUCUUCGGAGAACCCUGAAGACUUUGCUUAUCUAUGCGUUGACGGGUCCAAGAGGCCUAUCAAGGAGAAGGCGUGUUCGUGGGCAGCUAGGCCUUGGCAAGGGUUGCUGGGGCACAACGAUGUAUUGGCCAAGCUGUCUCCCUUGAGAGAGAAAAUAAAGCAACUCGCUGAUGCAGGAGCAGCGACUAAGCCGGAAUGGUUCACCCAAGUCCUGGGUCUAUCGGAGAAGAUACACCACGUCGCAGACAACAUCCCGAUCAAGCCAGCUGACUACUUGAAGAAGGCCAACUAUACAGAGGUCAUUGAGAGAGGACAUGGUGUGCCUGAGACUGUUGUCAGGCUGUGCGUGACGUCAAACGUGGCGCUCGCCAAGUGCCGAGCGAUGUCAGUGUUUGCAUUCAGUCGAGAUAUCCGCCCGAGGCUCGACUGUGUGCAGGAGAGUUCUGAAGAUGACUGCCUUAAAAGUGUACAAGAUAAUGGAUCAGAUCUAGCGUCUGUCGACGAUAUGAGAGUAGCGGCGGCUUCCAAGAGGUACAACUUGCAUCCCGUCUUCCACGAAGUGUAUGGAGAGAAGAAGACGCCAAAUUACGCAGUAGCUGUUGUCAAAAAGGGAUCGCAGUAUAACAAUAUUGGAGACUUGAGGGGGAAGAGAUCAUGCCACAGUUCUUUCGGAACCUUCAGUGGCCUUCACGCUCCUUUGUACUACCUUAUCAACAAGAAAGCGAUCAACUCUGAUCAAUGCAUAAAGAAUCUGGGAGACUAUUUCUCUGGAGGAUUAUGUUUGCCUGGUGUUGACAAACCUGAAAACAAUCCUACAGGGGCAAACGUCGCGAAUCUAAAGAAGCAAUGCUCAAGCGAUAACGACAACAGCCCAUUGAAAUGUCUUCAGGAGAAUCGCGGGGACAUCGCCUUCGUUUCCAGUGCGGAGUUACCCAAGUACGACGCGUCACAGUUCGAGCUUCUCUGCCUUAACCGAGACGCCGGCGGGCGUGAUGCUCUAGCUAACUUCGCGACUUGCAACAUCGUCAUGGCCCCCUCCAGAACUUGGCUGUCAGCUAAAGACUUCCUAUCAGACGUAUCGAUUGCACAUACCCCGUUGAGCCUAGCUGAACUUUUGGAUGACAGGACCGAUUUAUUCAACAUUUACGGAGAAUACUUGAAGAAUAAUAACGUGAUUUUCAGUAACGCAGCUAAAGGACUGGCUACAACAGAAAAGUUGGACUUUGAAAAGUUCAAAUCGAUUCACGACGUAAUUUCGUCAUGCGGUGUCGCAUAAACAAGCAUAAAUGACCAAUUAGUUUAAGAUCUAACCUAAGAUAAGUUGACUACUAACUACUAAUGAAAACAAAGUCUGAAUUGUAAACUUUAUUACAUAAUACUUACAUUCCAAAAUUAAUAAAUAAUUAAUACAGAAAUUCA